AUGACUCAACUCGUAUGGCUUGUCACUGGCUGUUCUUCCGGAUUCGGGGAGAUUUUGAUCCAGCAGAUAUUAUCUCGAGGGGAUCUUGCCGUUGCCACUGGACGAAAGCUAGACAAGCUCCAGCAUCUUGAGCGACUCGGGGCGACUACAUUAGAACUCGAUGUCACCCACUCUCAGGAAUCCAUCAAUGACACUGUCGCUAAGGCCACAGCCGUAUACGGGAGAAUCGAUGUAUUAGUAAAUAACGCCGCAUUCGUCGCGACAGGAGCGUGGGAGGAUAUUGAAUACGAUCAGCUCCUUGCCCAGUUUGAUACGAAUGUUUUCGGAGUCUUCAAGGUAACGCGCGCAGUCCUACCCCAUCUAAGAGAGAGGAAGUCGGGUGUCAUGGUAUUCAUCAGCUCUCUCUCGGGCUGGCACGGGCAUGCUUUCACCGGUCCCUAUGCCGGAUCCAAGUUCGCUCUGGAAGGCCUCGUCGAAAGUUUGAGUCGGGAAACGGAAGGUUUUGGAAUCAGAACCUUGUUAAUCGAGCCCGGUAGAUUCCGAACGAUGCUCUUGUCGCCGAGCAAUCGACGUUCAGUGACGUCCAGUAUCCCAGACUACGCGGGGGCUUCGAAGGCCAAUAUGGAUGGGCUAGCGAAGGAAGAUCGGUCGCAGCCCGGUGACACGGAGAAAGCAGUCGAAAUCAUCCUAGACCUUGUUAGAAAGGAAGGGUGCGCGCUGGGAAAAGAAGUGCCGUUGAGAUUCCCUCUGGGCAGGGAUUGCUACGAUACGAUCAAAGGGAAAUGCGAGGAGACUCUGCUCUUGCUCAAAGAUUGGCGUGAUGUUAUUAAUAGCACGGAUCAUGAUGGCUACCCUGCACUGAGUUAA